CGUAACGGCCAGCCAAACCAAACCCAACACGACGCCGCCGAGCAGCAUGAAUCCGCCGCAGCCGGAGCGCCGCCGCGGCGGCCCGCCGUCGGACCCGAACGACGACGUGCUCGGUGAGAUCUUCCUCCGCAUCCCUCCGGACGACCCCACGGUCCUCGUCCGCCUCUCCGCCGUCUGCAGCCGGUGGCGCCGCCUCCUCACCGACCCCGACUUCCUCCGCUCCUACCGCAUCCUCCACGGACCGCCUCCGAUCCUAGGCUUCUUCUGCGAACCGAAGGUAUGCUCUGGAUUCAUCCCCACCACCGCCUUCCGCCCGAUCGUUCCCAGCCGCUCCGUGCGCUGGUUGCCGUGCGACUCCCGCCACGGCCGCGCCCUGUUCAUCCGCGACCCCGAAUCAUCCCAACUACUCGCAUUGGACCCCAUGACCGGCGCAGAGCGGCUACUGCGUGUGCCAGAGAUCUGGAGUUACAUGUCCUGGACCUGGAGCGCGUCCGUGUUCUGCGCGGUGGGCGGCUGCAAUCAUCUCAACUGCCACGGCGGCCCCUUCCGCGUCGCGUUGGUCGGCACCGAUUUCUGGAAACCCACGAUUGCUGCGGUCUACUCGUCGGAGACUGAUGCGUGGAGCGAUCCGACCUACAUUGGUCCCCCGAAUUUCAUCUCCCUGCCGAGAGCAGCAAGCGUCCUCGUGGGGAACGCGCUGUACGUCCUCUGCUGCGGGAACAAUAUCCUGGAGUUCGACAUGGCCACGAUUAGGUUAGCGGAGAUCUCGCCGCCGUUCGUGGACUAUGUGUACUGGUGCCACGCUUGCCUCGUGACGGCGGAGGGUGGCGGGCUGGGAUUCGCUGCCAUCAAGGGUCAGACCAGACUCCACCUGUGGUCCAAGGAGGAGGCCACUGAUCGAUGGAACCUCUGCGCAGUCAAGGAUCUCGAGACGCUGCUCCCCCGCUAUGCAAUCUCCCCGAUGAUUGCGUUGAUUGGCUUCGCCGAAGGCGUCCGUGUUAUCGUCGUCAGGACGUGUGCUGGCAUCUUCACCAUUGAGCUGGGAUCAUCUGAACGAGUCAAGGUGGUGACGAUGAGAGGUGAAAUCAAUGCUGCUUUUCCUUUCAUGAGCUUCUGCACUCCAGAUCAUUCUAGAGCUAGAUUGCCACCGCCGGAAUGAUCCUGCCGUUUAUAGCCUUACACGAACCUGCUGCUGUUGGCUUCCUGCAGAGCUGAUGCUUGAAGUUCUUUCUUCUGAUGCGCAAUUUAAGCAAAGAAGAGAGUUCACUAUUGGUACAAUUUAGUUAGUUUUUUUUCCUGUUUUGCAGUCUUACUGAGAAAAGGGCUAAGUAAUGAUGGUCAUCUGAGUAGGUUUUAGAAAAGAGUGAGACUUGUUAGUUAGCUACCGUGUCUCUUCUGGAUGAUAAUGAUUCAUGUUUGUAAUGUCCAUAUAUGAUAGCUGGGGAAAGUCAAGUUUUAUUUGGCUGGUACACGCAAGCAAGAUAAGUUGCAUCCCGGUUUUUGAACUAUGGUAAUUAGAGAGAGAAGAAUUGUCACUCAGUGACCCACAAAAGAAAAGGAGAUUUACAACAUCCUGAUUCUGAUGAUGUAUUGGGAACUUAUAGGGCAUCCUGUGCAUUAGAUAUCAUGCUGAAGAAUGAACAGAUGAAUUCACGCCAUGAUGGUUACAAGUUCUUGCAAAAUGGUUGAUGCUCAAGACUUCGGAGAACUGCAGAGGGACUGUAGAAUAUGCAAUUUGAUUUCUUCUGUCAUGGCUUGAAUCUUUCUGUCUAUAAAAUGAGUGAAACUCUAACGGCUCAACGGAUAAAUUGACUUCGGUGUGAUGCUGGCUGUAUUUGACUGUUUUUCCAGCCUGAAUCAAGAAAAUGAGAGCAUUUAGGAUUACACAUAAACAUGCGCACACUAUAUGCAAGGAGAAUGCAACAGGGAGUAAGAACCUUGCAAUCUCUUCUACAUAUCUCAUUUUUUGCUUUGAACUUGUUUCAAUCACUUGUCCCCCAAGUAUCAUUUCAUCCAAAAUUGGAUGCAGCUGCAUUUUAUAUUGCAAUUGGCCUAAUGUCACAGAAAAGCAUGGAUUGAAACAAUAGUCAACACCAGAAUCAUAUAUGCUUAGAAACUCCUCCUGUGAUCCUGGUUUUAUAGUUCCCAUGUUGCCCAAUAUUGCUCAGCACAGCAACAUGUACUGAACCCCUUUUUCAUCAACAUCACAGAGACGAACUG